UGUAACAUCGCGCUUAGAGCUGCGUUCCUAGUUCCGUAUCACUACCACCACCGCGGCGGCUACAUCUUGGUCAGGAGAUGAACUCUUCAGAACAGCGCCGCACCGUAGUCGUCUCCGGCGUCCCGGACGCGUUGCCCCCCAGCAGGAUGGCAGACAAGCUGGUCAUUCACUUCCAGCGCUCCAAGAAUCUCGGGGGUGACGUGCAGCAUGUCCAGUAUCCCACCAAUAUUAAGGGUGUCGCGUUUGUUACAUUUGACGGAAUUCAAGAUGCUGAGAAUGUCUUGAAGACAGAUCAUGUAUUGAAAGACAAGGAGUUUCCUGAUGCAUAUCCAGUCACUGUGUUCAGGUUCAGUGAGGGUGUAUUCUUGUUUCUCCGUGCUGAAGUUGACCUCUCAAUGUUUGGUGACCCAUAUGGACUAAUCCAGCACCUAAAGAAAAAUCACAGAUCGGUGAGAUUCUCCUUACUGCCAUUCAAGACAACAGCCGUAGUUGAAGGACCCUUCAAGGCAAUGAAGGUGCUGAGGGAAGACCUCAGAACACGAAUGCAGAGCACGGGGUACUGGAGCGGAGAGUCAGGUGCAGGGAGAUGCUUGGUUUCAGUGGUGGGUGGACUUCAGGAAGAGUCCACUUGGGUGGACACAAACGUCUUCAAGUAUAUCCGGAAUUUUCAGCGUCGAAAAUUGGAUCAGUGUUUUCAGAAGUAUGCAGUGGAGAUUAAGAUCCAAGAACAAGGUGACCUCACCCAGAUUGUAUUGAGUGGGGCUGAUCACUCAUUCAUAAUGAGCGCCAGGUCAGACCUGGAGCUGCUGGUGGCCACCUUGAUGUCCGACUUAAGAACACAGAAGAUAGACUAUAGCAGCUUGGACAGACGCCAGAGGGAAAGGCUGUUGGGCUUUUGCAAGGAUGCCAACCUGCAGCACCCCGAUGUUCUGUUUGUGCCCCUGAAGACGUGCAUCGAGGUGAUCGGUCCCUCUGCAUCCAGCUACGAUUUCUGUAAGGAGGUGGAGGGCAUGAUGUGCGACGCCAAAAAGCAGCCCUUCUAGAACGCAGAUCUCUCAUAUUGAGUUCUGGUGACUUGCAGCAAGAAGCUGGAAAGCAGACACAGAACUUUGGGAAAUAAGGUUUUGUGCCUGUAAUGUGUGUUCCUGAUUUUGUAGUGGUGGUGUGUGAAUUUUCAUUGAAAGAUCAGGAUGCUUAUUUUUAAACACUAUAUUAGUUGUUCUGGAAAACGGUCUGCAUGUUUAUAGCUAUAGUUUAGAUGUGGGAGUAUUUAUUGAUGUCUAACUAAAACUAGCACAUGAAAUUAUACUGAAACGUUUGUUUGUAGUAAACUGUUGUAUGUUGUAGUGGUGGAAGGCCUUAAUUCUUUUAUCUUCAAUCUUUUUUGAUAGUAAAUUGAUAUUAAUAUCUCUGUCUGAAUGGCAUCUUCACUUGGAAACAAGUUGGUGUUAAGGUAUUUGCAGAUUUUUUGCUGUUAUGUUAUUUAACUCUGAUAAUAGGGAAUUGACACUGGAGGGCGCCAUAACAACGGAAACAUGAGCGCUUAGGCACCGUCAGCUUAAGCAUUGGUAACUGGUAGAGAUACAAAAUGAAAGUGUGUGAAGAUAAACGGCAUCUGAGCAGUUUGUACCAUCAUAAAACUUUACAAUUCGAGAAUUUAAAAAGAAGUUAUGGAUGAAUUAAGUUUAUGAUACAGAAACUUUUUAUUACACUAAGUUUAGGGUAAGUUACAUUGCCUAUGUGUUCAUUGUUAAUGACAACCAUAAAAGACCUAUAUAAAGUAAUUUUAAUUAAAUAACA